AUGCGCGUCAAGGGAUCAACUUACUUUCCUGAAGAUCAACCAUGGAUCCUCCGAAACCUAACAACCAAGGAAUUCGUUCGCUCCGAGGCUGUUGCUUUGAAGCCUCAAUACAUUCGUGGACCAAGUAUUGACGUCUUGGGCUUUGGGGACGUUCUACUGUAUCGUAUAUUAUGGUCAAAACCGCGAGGUAUUUUUCCAGACAUGUAUCGGGGUAUUUGGGCAGGUCAUCGCUUCGAUAUCGUAGCUCUAGCAAAACACAAGGAGGACACAAAGGGCACAGAGUGGAGGGACGUGAGCGAGGAGGUUGCCAAGGAGAUCGCCACCAUCUAG